UAUAAAAACAAGAUGUGGGUUAGAAAUGCACUUCUCAAUUUCAUGAUUUCCUUCCUCAGCUAUAUACUUUGUAGAAGCAAAUAAAAACAAUAAAAAAAAAGUUGAGGAGAGUGGAACACAGCAUUGUUCUUAAAUCAUCAUAAAAUUUAUCCUAGAUUUUCAUCCCUAGUUUCUCACAUUCCACACAUGGCAACAAAAAUGAACCACAAGCCUAGUUCUUUGGUUAUUGCAGCAACAUGGCUGAUCAUGUGUAUCCUUGUUAUGAUCUGCAAUGUCAGUUUAGCUGAAAGAGUUUUGAAAGAAAAAGAACCAGCAAAGUUUGUUGAGAAAGAAACAAAAGGAUUUCUAAAAGCAAUGGUUGAUUUCUUAUGGGAAAGUGGAAAGUCUUCUUAUGAACCUGUUUGGCCUGAAAUGAAAUUUGAUUGGAAAAUUAUAGUUGGAUCAAUUAUUGGAUUUUUGGGAGCAGCUUUGGGAAGUGUUGGAGGUGUAGGAGGUGGUGGAAUUUUUGUCCCUAUGCUUGCUUUGAUCAUUGGCUUUGAUCCCAAGUCUUCUACAGCCAUUUCCAAGUGUAUGAUUAUGGGUGCAGCAUUAUCAACUGUUUACUACAAUAUGAGGCUUAGAAACCCAACACUAGACAUGCCACUUAUAGAUUAUGAUUUGGCUUUGCUUUUCCAGCCUAUGCUGAUGCUUGGAAUAAGUAUUGGAGUUAUCUGUAAUGUCAUGUUUGCUGAUUGGAUGGUCACAGUUUUGCUCAUCAUCUUAUUUAUAGGUACAUCAACAAAAGCAUUAAUCAAAGGCAUAAAUACAUGGAAAAAGGAAACAAUGUUGAAAAAGGAAACAGCCAAGCAGUUAGAAGAAGAACCAAAAACUGGUGAAGACUACAAGCCCCUACCAAAGGGUCCAGGUGAAAUACAAGAUGAAGUGGUGCCUUUGCUAAAGAACAUUUAUUGGAAAGAAUUAUCACUCCUUGUAUAUGUUUGGGUGGCCUUUCUAAUUGUUCAGAUUGUUAAGACAUACACCAAGACUUGCUCCAUUGAGUAUUGGAUUCUUAAUUUCUUGCAGGUUCCUAUUGCUAUCUCUGUUACGCUUUUUGAAGCUGUAUGCAUAUACAAAGGAACAAGAGUGAUUAAAUCAAAGGGAAAGGAAGUUAAAAAUAUGAAGAUUUAUCAAAUAUUGCUAUAUUGUUCAAUUGGAGUAAUAGCUGGUAUGGUUGGAGGGUUGCUUGGUCUAGGAGGUGGCUUCAUUUUGGGGCCACUCUUUCUAGAAAUGGGAAUUCCUCCGCAGGUAGCAAGUGCUACAUCAACAUUUUCCAUGCUUUUUUCAUCCUCCAUGUCAGUAGUGCAAUAUUACUAUUUAGAUCGCUUCCCAGUGCCUUACGCUUCAUACUUUGUUUUGGUUGCAACCAUAGCUGCAUUUGCUGGCCAGCAUGUGGUGAGAAGGAUAAUUGCAAUCCUUGGUCGUGCAUCAAUUAUUAUCUUCAUACUAGCAUCCACCAUUUUCAUAAGUGCAAUCAGUUUAGGUGGAGUAGGAAUUCAGAACAUGAUUGUGAAGUUGGAAAAUCAUGAGUAUAUGGGGUUUGAAAAUCUUUGCACUCAAUAAGCUUAGGUGUGUUAUUAUGAGCUCUACCACGCUUGAGAGAAUAACAUUUUUCAAACACUUGUGAUAUCGUCACCUAUUCCAUUUUCAUUCAAGCAAAUUUGGAAAAGAUUGUGUUAAAUAUUGUAUUCCUUAAUUUAUUUUAUUUUAUAUUCUGCAAUGUUAAAAUUCUCACUUUGAAUACUAAUGACAAAUCAUGUUUUUUUA